UAUUUCCCUUUCCUUCUCGAACUCACCAUCUCUCUUAUUUUCUCUGCCUUUCUCCCUUAUCAUUUACUCCAACCUGAACCUUCUAGAACUAACCACAAAACCUAACCGCCGAUCCCUAGCAGUCGACGCGCCGUCUUCCAUUCCGGUCACGGCGUUGGAAUCUCUCGAUUCAACGGUGUAUGGUCGAAUGCGCCACGUUUCUUACAUCUUGUUUGGUUGCUUGGAAAAUUCUCGCUUCCUUUCAGUUAAGGCACGCCGAAGGAAUCUCAAUAGCCGGAGAAAUCCCGUUUUCUAGGGUUCUGAUCUUAAAACCGAACCACAUGGCACCAUUACCGGCCGACCAACCCGGCGAGUCCCAUGCCGUUGCCGGUACUGCUACUGAGUCUCAACGUUCUUUACCGACUCCGUUCCUUACCAAAACCUAUCAACUCGUUGACGAUCCUUCCAUUGAUGAGUUGAUUUCAUGGAAUGACGACGGGUCGAGUUUCAUAGUUUGGCGCCCUGCUGAGUUCGCUCGUGAUUUGCUCCCUAAAUACUUCAAACACAACAACUUCUCUAGCUUCGUCCGCCAACUAAACACAUAUGGUUUCAGGAAGGUAGUGCCGGAUCGAUGGGAGUUCGCUACCGAUUGUUUUCGAAGAGGCGAGAAAGGGCUUCUUCGAGACAUACAGCGCCGGAAAAUAACUGCUACCGUCGCUGCUGCUUCCGGUACGGUGACCGUUGCGGCGGUUCCUUGUACUAAAGUAUCAGCAUCACCAUCUAAUUCGGGGGAAGAGCAGGUUGUUUCGUGGAGCACGCCUCCAGUCGCCACCGUUCUACACCGGAGCACGAGUUGCACUACGACGCCGGAGCUUUUAGAGGAGAACGACAGGCUUAGGAAAGAAAACAUGCAGCUGAACCAGGAACUGACUCGGUUGAAGGGAUUGUGUAACAAUAUAUUCACUUUGGUGACGAAUUAUGCCUCGGGCCAAUCGGAGAAUCACCAGAGCGUGGGAGAAGGGAAGGCGUUGGAUCUUUUGCCGGCGAGAGAUCAGACAAGAGCGACGGAAGAUAGUGGUUCGAAGGCGGCGAUGAAGACGGAUGAUGGGGAGCAAGAGGAGGUGGGGGAGGAUGCGACGCCGAAGUUGUUCGGAGUUUCCAUUGGCUUGAAGCGAAUGAGGCGAGAGGGUGAGGAUGAGGAGCUUGACAAUAAUCAAGUACAACAGCUUGAUGUUGAGUCUGGUUCUGAGGUUAAAGGAGAACCGUUGAAUGGGAAGACGGAUGAUCAGGAUUCCACGUGGCUUGAGCUUGGGAAAUAAUCAAAGAUCUGUCGUUUAUACUUGCAUAUCAAUGGUUUUUCGAUUAAUCACGUGCUCGGAAACCGGAACGUGGCGGUCUCGUUCUGCAAUGUGGGAUACUUCGGGUUUGGAUCCGGGUUCCAACAUCCGGGCCUAGGCUCAUAAACUGAAGAGAACAUCAAAGAUAAAAUCGGGUCGGCCCGAGAACCAUUUUCUGAUAACGAGAACGAAGAAAUUGGAUGAAGUGAGUCAAAUUCUCGGUUUGAUCCAUUUAAGACCGAAACCUUAAUUUGUACAAUAUUGUAUAACUAAUAAGUAUGAA